AUGGGAGUUGAUGGAUCCAAACUUUCAUUUCGACAAAAGCAAGAGCAAACAGAAGUACUCAUGCAACAGAAUGCAGAAAUAGCAAAACGUCUGUCACAAGAAUAUGCUGCACAUAAAAAGAAGCCCGGCACCAUGAUCAAUCAGAUAGGCAAGAAUAUAUUUGAACACAUGAAAUUCAAGAAUAAUGAUUCAGCCAACCGAAAUCAAAUAAAACUAAUAGAAGUUGAAGGUGUGACAUAUGAAAUCAUUGAUUUCAUUAGUCAAGGUGGAUUUGGUGAAGUCUACAGAGCUCGAACUCGUAACAAAAAUCGUGUUGUAGCCAUUAAAAUCAUGAAAAACAUGCCAGAUAUUCGAGAGGAAAUUCAAAACGAAAUUAAUUUCCUACGUUUAAUAAAAAAAGUACCAAUUGAAAAUCAUCCAAUAAUCAACUAUUAUGGCAGCCAAUUCACAAAAGAGAACAUUCAUAUUGCAAUGGAACUAGCGUCUUGUGAUUUGGUGGCUUUCUGGUCUGCCCAUAUGACACAUUUAGAUCCUGAGAAUAGAUUUCUUUUGGGCAUAACUGUUAUUGUAUAUGUUCUACGUGCACUAACCUUUCUCGAACAAUUAAACAUAAUUCAUGGUGAUAUCAAGCCACAAAACUUUGUUAUCGUUUCACACAACGAUAGUUUUUAUGUCAAACUAAUCGAUUUUGGUACUGUUGAAAAGAUGGAUACUUCACGUGCUCAAAUAACUGUUGAUGCAACCAAAGCUCAUACUAUAUUUUUUGCGUCUCCAGAAUUUCUACGACGUGAUUCAAACCAUGUCAUAGCACGACAUCUUCACAAAAAGUCAGAUGCAUGGGCAGCCGGAGUCAUGUUCUAUAUUUUAUUCUUCGAACGACUACCGUGGACAGAUCAGUUUGAUUAUGAAAAUUUUUGCAAUGAUCCCAGCGCCAAAGACAUAUUUGUACCACGGAAGGGUGGCUACAAAUUGAUCAUUGAGCUUUUGUUGAAGAAAAAUCCUGACGAACGUGCAAGUGCUAAAGCAACGCUCAAACAAAUGAUAGCGCAUCCGGCACUAUGCGAUAUUAUUAAAUCACUAAAUGACAAUCUGUGUCUUGUUGACGACACUUGUCGUAUGAAAGUACCGAAUGAUGUUCGAAAAGAGAUUGCUAAACUCUCUCGACCGGGUCAUUUCGUUCACAGAUCAGAUCCAUCAGUAGCAAAAAAAAGAUCGGGAUCACGUCGUUCAUGUAAAUUUGGUGCUGAUUGUAAUAGAGAUGACACUAAUCAUCAUGAAGAAUUUGCACAUAUAGGUGAUGCUGACUAUCAUGAGUCAAGAAGCGCUUCAAAUAGUCAAUUUGACAAGCCGGCAUGUCGCUACGGAUCAGAUUGCUUUCGGAAAGAUGCUGAUCAUUUAAAUAAAUAUGCACAUCCAGCUAACUCAACUCCCCAUACAAUGAGUGCCAACAGUCAUGGACAGUCCACAAAACCACAUUGUCGCUACGGAGUAGCCUGUUACAACACGGAACCGGAACACCUUAAACAAUAUGCACAUCCAAAUAAUUCAAAUCGCUUUGCUAUAGGCGUUAACAACCACGUUCAAUCCACAAAGCGUCAAUGUCGUUUCGGAGAAAGUUGUUAUGAUCAAGCAGUGGAUCAUCGUUUACGAUUUGCUCAUCCAACCGGUUCGACAGAUCCUCAUUGCAAAAAGGUAGCAUGCCAAUUCGGCUCCCGAUGCAAUAAGACGGACGAUCCAGCACAUAUGACCAAAUUCCAACACUAG